AUGGGUUUCUUCAAGCGUCUCCGAUCUAAAGUCAAAAAUUCCGGUAGAAGCAAAAAGUCAGGGUACCUUGAUCAAGAUGCAUAUGAUCAGUACUGCGGCAGACCUGCUAGGGACUACACAAAAAGGCUCCCCCCAACGUUGCUCCACAGCAUCUUUGCCAGUGUAUGCCCGCAUUCGCUCGAUGAUUCUCUUACCUCGUCAGAGGAGUCAGUCACGGUAAAUGACUGUAUGCUUUGUGAUAUGCGCGACCUGGCUCACUGUGCGCUUGCUUGCCGCGCAUGGUGCCGUGUUGCCCAGGAAUUACUAUAUCAGCAUGUCCGCAUCGACGCCGUCCACUACUGCGAACUCGAGAUCGAAUUGGCCGCGAAGCGAAAGAAGUCCUCAUGGUUAAACCACAAUGCAGAUCCUAUCGAUGCCCCGAGAACACGUCUACUGCUAUUUAUGCGGACCGUCAGAGAGUCAACGGACCUAGGAGAGCUGGUUCUCUCCUUGCGCAUGCCCUACAUGACACGGGAAGCGAGCAAGAGCGAGAUAGCACGGACAAUUUCUGUUCUUCCAAAUUUACGAUAUGUCGACCUGCCGGCUGGAGUUUUCACGGACGAUGCAGCGUCGCAUUUCCUCAAGGUGGAAUUGAUGGCCAGGUGCCCCGAUCUUCGCCGCAUGAAAUACGCUCAUGGAUCCGAACGGAGCCUUUCUACGAUCCCGCACAAGCAACCUUGGGCAAAUAUCGAAGUCCUGGAACUCUCCAAGAUCGCUGUCGAGCCGUCGUUGCUGCGCCAAGUGCUCGGCUGCUUCCCGCAACUACAAGACCUGAAGCUAGAGGAAAUGCAAUGGCUGGAGAGCUCCAUUUUCGAGCUCAUGCCUUCGUCGCCACCGUUUCCAUCGUUGCAGCGACUUACCCUGCAAGAUACCCCGAACGUCACCGCCAGGGGGCUAGCGGCCUACCUUUCUACACCUCAGAAUAUCCGUGCUCUGAAGCACCUUUCACUCCUUACCACCGGCGUUGUGCCACAAGAGCUACAUGAAAUCCUAACGCGAGCCACCUCCCUCGAAACACUGUCUAUAAUCUACGAAGUCACCCGUGCGUUUCCGACCGGAAGCGUCCCACUCCUGUGUUCCACAUCCUUAACACUCCUCCACUACGAAAUCACCUCCGAGCCGGGCGCCUAUGGUGCUCAGCCAGUCUCCGCGUCGUACUACACAUACCUGAUGUCGUCUCUCCUCGCGGGCGACCUUCCGGCCUUAAACGUCCUUUACGUGCGUGACGCCCACUUCUCAGAGACAUUAAUGCUCGCCCCUCCACCGCGACUGCUAGGCGGCGGCGAAGGCGGUCCCCAGUCAGUCGGGAGAGGUUUCAACCAGUUGCUCGCUGUGUACAGCAAGGGUAUGGACGAGCUGGAGUGGAACUUCACGACCUAUGAACCUUUCGCUGGUUCUGAACGGCGUACAAGUGUUGCACGACCGCUCAGCCUCCACGGGGCGCAGCUAGGGCCGAGCUGGGGGGAGAACGCCCGUGAGAGUGUGCUUAUGAAUAACGGGGUCAACGGGUUUCUCGCUGUACCGUCAGACCAGCGGCCGAAGAGUAGCAGUGGAUGGUCGCAAAAGGGCGCGCCGAGGGAUCUAUGGCGGUAG